UUCUUCUCGGACCGUUUCCUCUGGUCGCGGCUGCCGGCCAGCACCCCUCCGGACGAGCUCGUCUCGCUGCUGCUGCCGGCGAUGGAAGACUACACGAGGGCCUACCUUCGGCUGCUCGCGGACCCGCCUCCCCCGUCGCCGCCGCCCGCUUCCGAGCUCGACGCUGUGCUUGCGGCUCAGCUCGAGUACGCAACCUACCGCACCGAGAGGGACCCUGCGCGCCCGAUGCUCUCGCGCUUGUUUGGCGAGGAGGCGGCCGGACGGCUGCUGCGCGAGUCGCUCUUCGACCUGCCGCUCCGCCUCGCGCGAGGGGAGCAGGCGCACUAA